UCCAAGAAAGAUGGCAGAAAACAUGAUUAUUUGGCGUUGACUAUUGUGUAUUGCCGAAAUAAUUAAUAAACAAUAUGAAAUAUGAAUUACUAAUAAAAAAUAGUGCAAGAAUUUUAAGCACCAAUAUAAUUAAUAUAAAUUAUUUCACCGGUUAUUCAUUUAAAUCAAGAAUUUUAUAAAAUAAGGGAAAUAAUAAUAAACAUUGUAAAAUGGAUGGAACAAGAGCUGCAGAGGUUUUACCUUUGCUUGAAGAACGUUUGGCAAUAUUACCAGGUAGUCGUGAUCGUCGUGGAGGUCCUGUAUUAAUAUUUCCAACAACAGUAAGACGUGAACGUGCUAAACCAGAAGAUUAUCGUCGUUUAUUACAAUAUUUAUUGGCAAUACCAAAUGAUGAAGCACGAGGUUUACGUUUUACAGUUAUAAUUGAUAUGAGAGGUGGUACAUGGGAUUCUGUAAAACCAAUAUUAAAAGUAUUACAUGAACAUUUUCAUCGUUCUGUAUAUGUUGUAUUUAUAAUAAAACCAGAUAAUUUUUGGCAAAAACAAAGAACAUCACUUGCUAAACAAAAAAAAUAUAAUUUUGAGAUCAAUACAAUCAGCCUUGAAGCAUUGUCAAAAGUUAUUGAUCCAUCACAAUUGACUGGUGAUUUAGAUGGAUCACUUCAAUAUGAUCAUGCUCAAUGGAUUGAUACACGUCUUGCUGUUGAAGAUUUUACAUGGCAAGCAGCUGAUUUACUUGAUCGUUUAGAUGAUUUACAAGAAGAUUUAAGUAGAAAUGAUUUUGCUGAUGAUGUUGGUGGUGCAAAACAUGGUAUUGAUUUGCAUAAUGAAAUGAGAAAAAAAAUUAUGAAAGUACCAGUUGAAGAAGUACAAGUUGUUGGUCAAAGAUUACUUCAACGUUUUAAUAAUGGAGUUGGAUCAAGUUCAGUUGUUGGUAGUGAAAAUAGUGGUGGUGGUGGUAGUGUUGAAAGUGGUGCAUCUGGUGGUAGUGAUCCAGAUGGUAGAGCAUUAGCUGCAAUUGUUAUACAACAUUUAGAUUCAGUACAUUCAGCACAACAACAUUUAUUACAAUUAUGGCAUAUUAAAAAAACAAAAUUAGAUCAAUGUUUUCAAUUACGAAUGUUUGAACAAGAUUGUGAAAAAAUGUUUGAUUGGAUAUGUCAUAAUCGUCAAGUAUUUUUAGCAAAUUAUGUUGAAAUUGGUAGAUCAUAUCAACUUGCUAAAAAUUUACAAGAAGAACAUAAACAUUUUACAAUGAGUUCAAUGAAUGUUUAUGUUAAUAUUAAUAAAAUAUUAACAAUGGCUGGUAGAUUAUUGGAAACCCAACAUUAUGCUGCUGGACAUGUACGUGCUGUUGCUGGUAGAUUAGAUCGUGCAUGGAAAGAAUUUGCUGCUGGAUUAGAUGAACGUACUGCUGUACUUGGUUUAAGUGUUGUUUUUCAUCAUAAAGCUGAACAAUAUGUUGAUAGUGUUACUGGAUGGAGUCAAGCAUGUGAAUCAACAAAUUUACCAAAUGAAAUUUCAGUUCUUGAAUCACAUAUACGACAACAUCAAACACUAUAUGAAGCAAUGUGUCAAGCAUAUACAGAGGUUUACAAUUCAUACCAAGCACUUUUGAGUGGAUUAGGAACAAUGCUACAAGUUUGUCAUAGUUCAAAUUCAAAUACAACUGGAAAUGGAAACAACAAUGAAUCAUUACACUUUGAUUAUGAUGGACAUUUGAUGGAUAAUCGUGGUGGUAUGAGUGGCAAUCCAGCAGCAGAUUACAGUGAGGGUGCAUCACAUGUACUUGCUGUUAUUCAUCAAAUAUUAGGACAUCAUAGAGCACUAGAAGCACGUUGGCAUGCACGUAAAGUUAAAUUACAUCAACGUCUUGCAUUGAGAUUAUUUCAAGAAGAUGUAAAACAAGUAUUAGAUUGGCUGACAAAUCAUGGUGAAGUAUUUAUACGUAAAAAUACUGGUGUUGGACGUAAUCUUCAAAAAGCUCGUGUUUAUCAAAAAAGUCAUGAACAUUUUGAAAAUGUUGCUCAAAAUACAUAUACAAAUGCUACAAAAUUAUUAACAGCUGCUGAAGAAUUAGCACAUACUGGUGAAUGUGCUGCUGAUGAAAUAUAUGCUGUUGCUCAAGAAUUAGAAGCUCAUGUUGGUAGUUUUGCAACAAGAGUUGAACAACGUCGUCGUCGUCUUGAUCUUGCUGUUGUAUUUUAUACACAUGAAAAAGAAUUAAGUGGUUGGGUUGAUGAAUUACGUCAAGAAUUACAACAAGAUGAAGUUGCUGAAAAUUUAGAAAAUGCUGAAAGAUUGCUGGAUCAAUGUGCUCAACAUAGAUCAUCUUGUUUAGAAGCUUGUGCAUCAACAAUUGGUCAAGGUGAAGCAUUAUUACAAGAAUUACGUGAUGAUUGUAAUAGUGAUAAUAGAAAUGGUAGUCAAAAUGGACAACAAAUUGAUACAACUGGUUCAGUAAGUGCUGUUGAAGCAGCACUUGAUCGUUUAGCAAUAUUACGUCAAGAAUUAGAAGAAUUAUGGGCAACAAGAAAAUUACGUCUUGAAUUAUGUUUAAGAUUACGUGUAUUUGAAAGAGAUGCAUUAGAAGCUAGUGGACAAUUAGAAAUGUGGGCACAAGAAUUACGUGCACCACCAAGAGAAGGUUCACCUGAUCAAUUAUUAAGAGUACAUAAUGAUGGUGUUGCACAUAUGCAAAAUACAGCAUUUCAAGUAUUACAACAAGGACAAGAACUUGCACAAGUAUUAGAACAAGCUGGUGUAUGUAUUAUGGCUGAUGGACAACAUACAGCAAGUGCACGUGUACAAGUAUUAUUGGAAUUUUUAAAUGAACGUGAAAUGGAUGCUGAAGAUCUUGCUGAAAUACGUAGAAUAAGAUUAGAACAAGCUGCUCAAUUGGUACAAUUACAAAAUGAUGCACAACAUGUUGCAAAUUGGAUUAGAAAUGGUGAAGCAAUGUUAUUAGCAUCAUUAAGAGUACCAGAUAAUUUAAUUGAUGCUGAACAAUUACGUUUAGAGCAUGAACAAUUUCAAGUUGCUAUUGAAAAAACUCAUACAUCAGCUGUACAAGUAAAACAUCGUGCUGAUGCAUUAGUUAGUGCAAAUCAUUAUGAUCCAAAAAGUAUACGUGAUGUUGCUGAGGAUGUUACUAAAAGAUGGCAACAAUUAGUAACAUGUGCUGAAGAAAGACAUAAACUUGUUACAGCAAGUAUUAAUUUUUAUAAAACAGCUGAACAAGUACGUUCAGUUCUUGAUAGUUUAGAAAGAGAAUAUCGUAGAGAUGAAGAUUGGUGUUCAUCUGGUGAUAAAGCUGGACAAGUACCAACACUUGUUGGUAAACAUCAAGAACAAAAAGAAGCAUUUUUAAAAGCAUGUACACUUGUACGUCGUACUGCUGAAACAUUUUUAAAAUAUACAAAUAGAUCAUUACAAUUUUAUAGUUAUCAAACAACAACUGGUUCAGAAAAUAAAGUUAAAAAUAUACUUGAAGAAUUAUUAAGUAAAGAAAAUAAAGUACUUGAACAUUGGACACAACGUAAAAAACGUUUAGAUCAAUGUCAUCAAUAUGUAUUAUUUGAACGUAGUGCUAAACAAGCACUUGAAUGGAUACAUGAAACUGGUGAAUUAUAUUUAUCAACACAUACAAAUGUUGGUAAAAAUCGUAUUGAAAAUGAACAGCUAUUACAAGAACAUAAUGAAUUUAAAAGUGCUGCUAAAGAAACAAGAGAUAGAGUUAAAUUAUUAAUACAACUUGCUGAUAAUUUAGUUGAAAAAGGACAUGUACAUGCAUCAGCAAUAAAACAAUCAGUUGCUGAAGUUGAUCAACGUUAUAAAGAUUUUAGUAUGCGUAUGGAUUCUUAUAAAAGUCAAAUUGAAGAUGAUUUAGGUAUAACACAAUCAGAUGAAAGUAUUGGUAUUGGUUGUACAAAUAAUAAUAAUAAUAAUAUCAAUAAUAAAAGUGAUUCUGUAAUGUCAAUUGAUAGAAAUUCAGAUCCAUUAUUAGAAGAUAAAAUAAAAGGUAAAGAUUUAAAAGAAUUAAAUGAAGAAAAAAGAAGAUCAGCACGUCGUAAAGAAUUUAUAAUGGCUGAAUUAUUACAAACAGAAAGAACAUAUGUUAAAGAUUUAGAAACUUGUAUUAGAUGUUUUUUGGAAGAAACAAGAUAUCCAUCACCUGGUAAUUUUCCACCACCUGGUUUACAAAGUAGAGUAUCAAUAAUAUUUGGUAAUAUUGAAGAAAUAUAUAAAUUUCAUUGUGAUAUAUUUUUACGUGAAUUAGAAAAAUAUGAAACAAUGCCUGAAGAUGUUGGUCAUUGUUUUGUAACAUGGGCUGCUAAAUUUGAUAUGUAUGUAACAUAUUGUACAAAUAAACCAGAAGGUAAUCAAUUAUUAUUUGCACAUGGUGGUAAUUGGUUUGAAGAUUUACAAAGUAAAAAUCGUGUUGAACAUCCAAUAGCAGCAUAUUUAAUAAAACCAGUUCAAAGAAUAACAAAAUAUCAAUUAUUAUUAAAAGAUUUACAAGCAUGUUGUCAAGAAGGACAAGGUGAAAUUAAAGAUGGUUUAGAAGUUAUGCUUAAUGUACCAAAAAAAGCUAAUGAUGCAUUACAUUUGAGUUUACUUGAGGGUUGUGAUGUUAGAAUUGAUACACUUGGUGAUGUUGUAUUACAAGAUUCAUUUACUGUAUGGGAUCCAAAACAAUUAAUACGUAAAGGAAGAGAACGUCAUAUAUUUUUAUUUGAAUUAUAUUUAUUAUUUAGUAAAGAAGUUAAAGAUUCAACUGGUAAAGUUAAAUUAUAUAUAUACAAAAGUCGUUUAAUGACAUCUGAACUUGGUGUUACUGAACAUAUUGAAGGUGAUGAAUGUAAAUUUGCUGUAUGGACUGGACGUGCACCAACUAGUGAUACUCGUGUUGUUUUAAAAGCAAAUUCACUUGAAGCCAAACAACUUUGGGUUAAAAGAUUGAGAGAGGUUAUUCAAGAGACUUACUUCAGUUUAAGUAUGCCCAAGAGUCCAGCAAAGAAAUCUUCAAGUCAAAGAUCAAGUAGAGAUCUUGAAGAAUGUACUUCAUUGGAUGACAGUGUUGAAAAUCUUGAUAGAAAUUCAUUAGCAUCAUUUGGAUCUACAAAUACAACUGAUUCUGAUAAAACAGGAGUUACUGAGAUGACAUGGGUGAUGGCUGAUCAUUUUGCAACUUCAGGUACACGUGAAUUGAGUGUAACAAAAGGACAACAAGUUGAAGUAUUAGAAAAUAAUAGUAUUCAUAGUGGAAGUAAUACAACAAUUGAAUGGACACUGGUUAGAUUACCAUUAUCAUCUGGUCAAACUGAGCCACCAGCUGAGGGUCUUGUUCCAACAAGUAUUCUCAAACAGCCACCUACAACAUCAUGUAAAACUUCACCAUCAAGAAAACCACUUAGUCAAGCAUCAAACACUUUAACAACAGCUCAAACAUCAGUAACUACAGAAGAUGGAGAUUCUGGUGGGAAUGAGGCAAGUAAUGGAUCUGGCAACACAAGCUCACCCGGAAAUAAAAGACGAGUGAGAAAAUGGUUACCACAACCACUUAGAAAAUUGAGUCAAGGAAAAGUUGAAAAAACAACAGUAUCUGAACGUGUACCAGUACUUAAGAAAACAUCAUCAGAUAAAAGAUUUAAAUUACCAAGUAGUGAUAAAACUGGUAGAACAGUAUCAGAAGGUGAAGAAGCUGAAAAAGAUGAUGCAUACUGUGAAGAUAAUGAAGUACAAGAAAAAUAUUUAGAACAAAAUGGUGGUGAAGAUGGUGAUGAUGAUUUUGAAUUACCACCACCAAUGAAACCAAUAACAGAACCAAUAUUGGUUGUAAGUGGUAAUGGUACAUCAGUAUCAACAAUACAAGAUGAACAUACAUCUGGUAGUUUAAGUGGUAAUGCUAGUGGUGAUGGUGGUGGUAGUGGUGUAUCAAAUACAACAAAAAGAACAAAUGAAAGAACAAUUGACGCUACAUCAAGUGUUGAUUUAGCUGAAAUUGAACAAAUUGUUAAAGAAAGAAUGGAACAACAUACUGAAAAUCAAGAAAGAAAUAGUAUGAUGUCAAAUGUUAGAACAUCAACACGUACAUCAUCAACUGAUAUUGAAACACAAUAUAGUAAUACAACAAUAACUGAAGAAGAAACAAAUAUUGAUGCCGAAACAGCUGCACUUAAAAAACGUGAAUUUGUUAUACGUGAAUUAGUUAAUACUGAACGUGAUUAUGUUAAUGAUUUAAAAACAAUUGUUGAAGGUUAUAUGGAUGCAAUGAGAAAUCCAGAUAAUGAUAUACCAUUACCAGCUGAUUUACGUGGUGGUAAAGAUAAAAUAAUAUUUGGUAAUCUUGAAGCAAUAUAUGAAUGGCAUCGUGAUGUAUUUUUAAAAUCAUUAGAAAAAUGUAUUGAAUUACCACAUGAAAUUGGACAAUUAUUUAAAAAACAUGAAAGAAAAUUACGUAUGUAUGUUGUAUAUUGUCAAAAUAAACCAGUAUCAGAAUACAUUGUUUCAGAAUAUAUUGAUACAUAUUUUGAAGAAUUAAGACAAAAACUUGGUCAUAGAUUACAAAUAUGUGAUUUAUUAAUAAAACCAGUACAAAGAAUAACAAAAUAUCAGUUAUUAUUACGUCAAAUAUUAGAAUUAACUGAAAAAACAACACUUGAAAAUGAAAUUCAAGAUCUUAAAAAUGCUGUACAUGUUAUGAUGGUCAUUCCAAAAGCUGCAAAUGAUAUGAUGGAUGUUGGAAGAUUACAGGGUUUUGAUGGUAAAAUAACUGCUCAAGGUAAAUUACUUUUACAUGGUCCUUUAAUUGUUGCUGAAUUAUCAGCUGUUACAAUUAAAGAACGUGAAUGGCAAGUUUUUAUAUUUGAGCAAAAUAUUAUAUUUAGUGAAGCACUUAGUAAAAAAACACAAUUUACAAGUCCUGCUUAUGUUCAUAAAGCUCAUAUUCAGGUUAAUAAAAUGACUAUUGAAGAUUCACCAGAUGAUCCAGAAAAAUUUAUAAUACGUUCAACAGAUCCUCGUAAACCUGCUAUUGGUUUUUUGUGCAAUACAAUUGAUGAUAAUGGACCACCACGUCAAGAAUGGGUUGAAACAAUAAGAUCAAUACUUCAAACACAACGUGAUUUUCUUAAAGCGAUACAAUCACCAAUCGCCUAUCAAAAGGAAUUAACCAAAGAUCCACUACGAUCAACAACACCUGAAUCUUCACCAAGACGAGCAACAACGACUCCAUCAAUACCAACUCUAACUGUCAUUGGAUCAAAUAAGGAUAAAAAUUUAAAAAAAGGACAUAUUAAUAAAACUCAAAGUAGUGGACAUUGUGGAUUAAUUGAUAGUGAUUCAUCACGUACACCAUCACCAACAAAAAGUAAAUUAAAUUUUCUUGAAGGUUUUAGAAAUACACUACGAGCACGUUCACCUGUUCGAAAUAAUUCCAUUCCUGUUGCACCUGGUGCACGAGUAAGAUUAGCUGCUGAUUGGGGUACAGCACUUCAUGCAGGUGAUGAACUUGUUGUAUCACAUGUAGAUGGUCCUGGUCUUGUUGUAUCACCAAUAAAUGCAACUGAAGAAUUAUGGAUACCAGCAAGUUUAAUAACAAAUUCAGCAAUAAGUCGUGCAUGGUCAUUCCGUCCAAAAAAAAAUGAUAUUGAUAAUCAAAAUCGUAAAAUUGAAAUGAUUAAUAAAAUUGAAAAUUCAAUAAAAAUAAGUCUUCAACCAGUAUCCUCGCCGGUUCGAGCAACUGUUGGAGAUAUUGCAAGAUUAUCAAUUGAAGUUAAAAAUAUUGAUGUUAAUAAUUAUACAGUUAUAUGGAAAAAAGAAAUUAAAGAUGAUAUUGGACAUUUUAUUCCUAUUAAUUUUGAUGGAAGACAUAAAAUAUGUCAAAGUAUUGGAUUAUUAUAUUUGGAAAUAUGUCAUUGUCGUAUUGAUGAUGCAGGAAAUUAUGAAUGUAUUAUUGAAACAGAAAAAGAUUCUUAUUCUGUUAAAAUAACAUUGUGCAUAACUGGUGGUGUUACUGGUGCAACUUGGGCACGAGUUAUUGGACCAACAAAAGUAAAAAUUGAUUGGGAAAAACGUGAUAUGGAAUGUGGAACAAUUGAAUAUCGUGCAUUACCAUCAACAAUAUGGCUACCAAUAUUUGAAUCAGCUCAUAAUCCACCAGUUAUAAUUGAUCUUCCAAUUGGUGCAUCAUAUACAUUUCGUGUUGUUGAUAAAAAUGGUGGUACAUCACCAUCACCAGUUGUAACACUUCCACUUGAUGAAAGUAUUAGCUGGGAAGCUGAACAAUUUAUUGGACGUUAUUUAGAAUUAGAUGAAUUAGGAAAAGGAAGAUAUGCUCUUGUUAGACGUGCACGUGAUAGAGGAACUGGACAAGAAGUUGCAUUAAAACAAACACCAAGACAUAAACAAUCACGUGAUUUAACACGUGCUGAAUAUGAUUUACUUGCAAUGACAAAUCAUGCAAAUAUUAUACGUGCAUUUGCAUUAUUUGAAAAUGCACCACAACCAGAUUUUGAUACAAUUGUAUUGGAACUUGUUCGUGGUCCAACAUUAUUUAAAUAUUUAAGUAAUAAAACAGAUUAUACUGAAUCAAUGGCAAGUAAAUUUUCAGCACAAUUAUUAUCAGCACUUUCAUGGCUUCAUCAAAGAAAUAAAUCACAUUCAGAUAUUAAACCAGAAAAUUUAUUAGUUGAUCAAGAUACUGGUGUUGUUAAAUUAAUUGAUUUUGGUGAAGCUGUUAGAGCUAAAUCACUUGUUGUUGUACCACCAGCUGAUUUAGAAUUUUCAGCACCAGAAUUAGUACUAGGUAGACCAACUGGUUCUUAUACUGAUAUGUGGGCUGCUGGUGUAUUAAUAUAUGUAUUAUUAAGUGGUUUAUCACCAUUUUUAGAUGACUCUGUUGAAGAAACAACAGCAAAUAUAUUAAAAUGUGACUAUUGUUUUCCUGAUGAAUAUUUUCAAUUUAUUUCAAAUGAUGCCAAGGAUCUUUUGAAAAAUUUACUCUGUUUAAGAGGUGAAGAACGUGCCAAUGCUGAUAUUACAUUAAAAUCACCAUGGUUUAAGAUUGGAAAAGGAGCAACAAUUCCAUCGUCUCGAAUGGCAGCAUUUAUUGAGCGUCGUGCUCAUUGUUCAAAGCCUCAUACUGAUCAUAAUGAUAGUAGUCUAUACAAUUGAAAGUAAAAGUGAACAAACAAAUAUUUAAAAAACAAAAAAAAAGGUCAACAAGAUCAAUAGUGUUUCCACUAUUUUGUAUAAAAAAAAAAAUCAAAAACCAGUUCAAAAUUAUUAUUUUUUAGGCAAAAUAAACAUACCAG